UAUUAAUUAAACACACACACCAUUUCAAACCCAUCUCCUCAAUAUUCUUCAAUCAAUUCUUCAAUCAAUCACCAAAAUAGUUCUACUUGCAUUACUUACUUGGUGUUUUGUAAGAUGGGUAUUCAACUGAUGGGAUUAGCUCAUGCAAAGCAAAAGCUCCAGCGAUCUCUUUCUGCGAAAAUAGCAAAUGUAUUGGCAAGUAGUUCUGCUGCUAAUGUUCCUAGAGGCCACAUUGCAGUCUAUGUUGGAGAGAGAUACAGGACGAGAUUUGUGAUUCCAAUUUCUUACUUGAACCAUCCUCUAUUCCAACAACUACUGAAUCGCGCCGAGGAAGAGUUUGGAUUCGAUCAUCCGAUGGGCGGUCUGACAAUUCCUUGCAGUGAAGACUACUUCAUCAAUCUCACUUCAGCUUUGAGCUGCUCGUAG